GGUUUCCGGUUUAUGGACUAGAUGACAAUUUCUCACAUGAUACUUCCGGUCAGUUGUCAAAAUGGCAAGUCAAACUACAGGAAUUCAACAGCUUUUGCAAGCGGAAAAGCGGGCAGCAGACAAGGUUGCAGAGGCUAGAAAGCGCAAAGGGAAGAGACUGAAGCAGGCUAAGGAGGAAGCCCAGGCCGAGAUUGAAGCGUACAGAAACAAGCGGGAACAGGACUACAAGCGAUAUGAACAAAGUGUUUUGGGAUCAAGAGGCGACCGAGAAAAACAGAUUGAGAAAGACACUGAAGAGAAGAUUCGAGAAAUAGAAAAUAACGUGAAGAAGAGUAAGACUGAAGCAUUGGAAAGAUUGUUAGAUAUGGUCUACGCCAUCAAACCAGAACUGCACCAGAAUCUUAGAAUAUGAAUGUAGUAAACUGUCAUUUACUAAACCUAAUUAUUAUUGUACUAAGGGGUCAUGUUAUUUUAUAGAUGGAAUAUGUAGAAAGAUUUAUUUAAAAAAAAAAAUAUGAAAGUGACAGCAUUGCUUAACUGGUUCUUUUUGUGCCAAUAUUAAAUGGUUAUAUUUUGAAAAUGAUGAAUAUGAAAAGGUUAAAUUAAAAGAAAGAAUAUAAUAGUGUAACCUUUCAAAAUUAAGGUUUUGACCCUAACUUACAUUUUUAACAUGCCAAACUGGCUAAAUAUACAUUCCAUUUUGAUCUUACGCAUGACAAUAGUGUGACCAUUAUUACAUAAUUAAUGACGUAGAAAUCCAUAAUAAGUAUAUUUUGUAACACGCUGUUGAACAGUAUACACUUGAUAUUAUACUCAAGUAAAGUCUGAUAUAGUUCAACCUCCAAGUUCAUUCGAGGCUAAGGAUGUAUAAGAUUUAUUCCUGUAAAAUUUUUACUUUGAUUAUUUUGGCUAUUAAAGUGACAUAAUAAUGUUCAACCCUUGUUCAGAAACUAAUCAAGGUAUAAAACUCGCAGAAAAGAAAUGUAAGUGUUAAAUAAUGACGCAUAUUAUAUUGUUUGCCAUGAUUUUCAUGAUAUAAUUAAUGUUACAAAAUCAUGCUAUCCAAAAUGGUCAAACAACUUUUAUAGGUUGAAGAGUAAUCAAAGUUCUAGUCCCAAAAUUGUUUAUAAUAAAUAUACAUGCACUGUGUACUUGCAAUUUGGAUAUGAUAAAACAGUGAAAUGUACAUGUGUGUAAUGUUAACAUUUAUACAUGUCAAAGACUAAAUGUCUUCAUGAAUUUUGUACAUAUAAUCAAGAAUAAAGUAUACAAACCAA